AUGUCUUCCACCGUUUUCCCAGGCAAUAGCGUGGACCCCGAUCCAAACGGGGAUGUGACUCUUUUGGUGUCACUGCCACAAGUCUCUGCAUUAUUCGGGGCCUCGCAUGAGAUGACUGUAAAAUAUCGAGCCUCCUCCAAACACUUGAGCCUAGCUUCACGUUACUUCGAGAAACGGUUGAAAGCAGAAUGGGCGGAGGGUAAGGCAUUGCAAAGUGAUGGCCACGUUGAGAUGAAAAUCCCAGAAACUGAUCCACAAGUCUUCUUGAUCUUGCUGAAUCUGAUGCAUUGCCGCACAAAAAGAGUCCCUACCACAGUGACCUUCGACGAGCUGACCAAACUUGCUAUUCUGGUGGAUUAUUACCAGUGUCAUGAAAUCUUGGGACUAUAUCCGCAGCACUGGCUGCAGCCCUGGAGAGGACAGACCCCAACCACGUAUAGAGAUGAAAUUGUUAAGUGGAUAUUUUCAGGACGCAUCCCUUUUUAG